AUGACUGAUACAACUUUUCUUUUGCGCCCUGCUGCCGGUUGGGGCCUGGUCCUCUUGCCUGUUGUAUAUUACUCAGCAGUCCUCAUCUACCGGUUAUUCUUUUCCCCCCUCAGUAAGAUCCCCGGCCCGUGGAUUACAAGAAUUUCUGGUAUACCUGAAGCGAACGCGCUCAAGGACAAAAGACGUACGGAAUGGGCGAAUUGUUUGUUCGCCCAGUAUCCGGAUGCCGUUGCUAUAAGGACAGGCCCGAAUGCCGUGUCGUUCAAUCAUCCCGAUGCGGUCAAGGCGAUUUACGGUCAUGGUAAAGGUGCAGAAGGCUUCGGCAAGUCGAGCUGGUACGACUCGUUCUCUACCACCGGUGAAUCCUUGUUCUCCACACGCUCCAAGAAGCGGCACGCCAUGAAGCGGCGUAUGGUAGCCCAUGGCUUCAGCAUGCAGUCUCUGUCUCUUUUUGAACCGUUUGUAGACAUCACGAUCCAAUCCUUUCUCCAGAGGAUGGACGCAUUUGCGAGUACACAGCAGCCCUUCGACAUAUAUUUCUGGUUCGAGCUCUUUACCAUGGAUUUGAUGGGCGAGCUGGCCUUUGGCCAGAACUUUGGUGCCUUACAAGAUGGAAAGCCGGCGAGAUACUCGACACUAGUUGAGCUUUCGCAGCGCUUCGCAAACCUCAGCGGUAUGCUACCAUUCGGCAAACAUAGUGUGAACGUCCUCAGCUGGACACCAUUGCCGUACGUCCAGAGGUUGUGGAAAGCGCGAGUUGAAUAUCUGGAGUAUGCGAGAAUGGCGCUCGAGAAACGAUUUCAGGACGACCGCCAGCGGAUACUCCCCAGUGGCAAACCACGGCAAGAUAUUAUGCAACGAUUCAUCGAGGCAGUUGACCCAGAGACGGGCACACGAAUGGACUUUCCCGAGCUGAGAGCCGAAGCCUCAUCAUUGAUGGUUGCCGGAGCAAGCACAGGAAGCGUGACGAUGAACUGGAUGACCUACUAUCUCUGCAAGAACCCGUCGGUCAAAACUCGCAUCGUCCGGCAACUCGAGGAAAUGUUCCCUGACAAUCUCGACGCUUCCGUGCCUCUUUCGUUCGCCAAGUUACAAGGUCUCAAUCUCCUUGAGGCAACCGAGAUUGAAUGUCUUCGAAUGCACCCACCGAUCGGAUACGCGAUGCCACGCAUGACGCCGCCCAGUGGUGCUGUUAUCUGUGGAGUCUACGUUCCUGGUAACGUAGACGUCGGGGUUCCCGCUGCCAUAAUUGGGCGCAAUCCUGAUGUAUACCGCGACCCAGACACUUGGACUCCUGAUCGCUGGUUGGACGAGAAAGUAGAUUUGGCAACCAUGAAAACCUGUUUUCUAGGCUUCGGCUUCGGAAGCAGGCAGUGUAUUGGAAGAAACGUUGCGAACCAGUUCAUCAUGAAGAUGAUUGCGGUGUUGUUGUUGAGAUAUGAAAUUCGGCUGGAAGACCCUGACUUGGUAUUAGGCACUAAAGAGUUCACAAUUCUUAAACCCGAUAAGAAGUACAACGUCGUUUUGCGACCGAGAAAGGCCAACCUCACAGCAAUACAUUACUAG